AUGGCAAAAUGGGAACUGACGUCGAUUCGGUCCACGGUCGGAGCUCCAUCGGGUAUAACUGGAGUUUUGUCAUUAAUGCAGUAUUCAGUAUUUGGGUCAAUAUUAACAAUUGGUGCAAUGCUUGGUGCAAUCACUGCGGGACGGAUUGCAGAUCUUCUAGGCCGCAAAGGAGCCAUGAGGCUAUCAUCUGUAAUAUGCUCUGCUGGAUGGUUAGCAAUCUACCUUGCUAAGGAACCGAUGGUGCUAUAUUUGGGGAGAUUUUUGUCAGGUUAUAGCAUUGGCAUUAUUUCGUACGUGGUUCCUAUGUUCGUUGGAGAGAUAUCGCCAAAUAAAUUGCGAGGGGCACUAUCCUCUACUAAUCAGCUCUCAAUUGUAAUUGGUUUAUCCGCCGUCUACGUGAUUGGUGCCUUCGUCGGGUGGAGGAUUCUAGCUUUACUAGGAGUUGUACCAUGUGGCCUGCUGUUUUUGGGUCUCUUCUUCAUCCCCGAGUCUCCAAGAUGGCUGGCUAUGAAUGGAGAAGAAGAAGAAUUUGAAGCAGCUCUAAGAAAGCUAAGAGGGAAACAUGCUGACAUUUCAUAUGAAAGGUCCACUAUACAAGAGUAUUUGACCAUUCUUCAAACGCUCCCCAAAGUCACCUUUCUAAACUUGUUCGACAGAUCCAAUUAUCGAGCAGUUAUUAUAUCUGUUGGGUUGAUGGCGUUCCAGCAGUUUGUGGGAAUUAACGGAAUUGUUUUCUAUUCUACUGAAAUUUUCAAAUCAGCAGGUUUUAAUCCCAGACUGGGAACGAUACUUUUUGGUGUUCUACAGGUGGGAGUCACUGCAGGGGGUGCACUUUUGAUAGAUAGAGCUGGUAGAAGACCCCUUCUAAUGAUGUCUGCGUCUGGUUUGCUGUUGGGGAAUCUACUAAUUGCAUUUUCAUUCUUUUUAAAGGCUCAUUCUGUGGCACCAACUCUAGUCCCCAACCUUGCAAUUCUUGGCGUUUUGGUCUACAUAGCCUUCUUUUCAAUAGGAAUGGGGGCAGGUCCUUGGCUCAUUAUGAGUGAGGUAUUUCCAUUACAUGUAAAGGGAUUAGGUGGAGGUUUAGUGACAUUGAUGAAUUGGUUUGGUUCUUGGGUUAUUUCUUACACCUUCAACUUUCUCAUGUUGUGGAGUUCACAUGGAACGUUUUUCCUAUAUGCAUUUGUUUGCCUACUUGCUACGAUCUUCAUCUACCAAAUGGUCCCUGAAACAAAAGGCAGAAGGCUCGAAGAAAUUCACGCUUCACUCAAUUCAUGAGCUGAAAGUAAUCAAGGAGGAAAGAGGAAUUUGAUUUCUAUUAAAAAUGCGACGCUUACAUUUGGCCUCAUAAUAUUUGGUCGAGUGAUAAUUUUUGAAGAAAUUGGAAGGAAUUGAAAGGAUGUUGCACGCCAACUAAGUCUGUAUAGUACUAGCAUUGAAAAAUUAAUACCACAAAAAAAAAAGGAAAAAGAAUUGAAGAAUUAAAGAUAUCUUCUUCGAUUCACUAAAAUUUCUUAGAAUAAAUCAAAGUAAAGUUGUAAUACCCUUGCCAAUUAUAUAAUUGAUUGUACUAAUUAAUUAUGAAAGAGGUGUUUUACAUGUGGUUGAA